AUGGAGGAAUGGAGGAAUCAGAAGGAGGUUAAAGAAAAGGGAAGCGCCACAAACUUGAAUGCAGCCAAAAGAGCUCAAUGGACUCCACCACCUGAAGGUUGGGUGAAAUGUAAUGUUGACGGAACCUGGUCACAAACAAAUGCACACUGUGGCAUUAGCUGGGUUCUACGAGAUGAGCAAGGCCGAGUUUUGUGGAUUGGGGCAAGAAAAUUACCAAAAGUUCACUCUGUUUUGGAAGUGAAACUUGAAGCUUUGAGAUGGGCUAUUCUUCGAGUCACAGGACUCAGCUACGACAAAGUCAUAUUCGAAACUGACUCGCAAAUUAGCAUAGACCGGGGGCGGAUCUACAGCCAAGGUAGGUGUGGCACGUGCCCCAUACUAAUCUAA